AUGAAGGGCUCUUGUCUGUUCGUCUUCUUUCUGAUAACAGAUUUUCUGGUUCUGCAUAAAGUGAAGACAUUCAGCAAUGAAGAUGUUGAAUUCAUGUGCAGCAGCUCAACGGAAGAAAAAUAUCUGAAAACUGAGAUAACUAAUGGACAAAGACGAAAUUACAAAAACAUCCUCAAGGUGACCAUCAAGUGCGACGACGGUGAUCGUUGCUCUGAUAAAACAUCUUGUAGCAAAAGAAUUAACGCUGGAACGGAGGAACUACAAUUUGGAGUUGACGCCGACUGUCCAAGGCCAUUUUAUCAAACUGCUUACAGAAAAACUAGAAUCACCAUCAACUGCAGUUUCCCAGAGAAAGACAAGUCCAGCGUUAAGAUUUUCUGCAAAGAAAACAAUUUAAGCUGUGAGAAUAUUCAAUCAAUAACAUCCGCUAUCAAGUCAGACGGGACAUUUAUUGUCUCAGAAACCAACAACGGCUUCAGCGUGUCCAUCAGAAAUGUUUCCUCGCGGCAUGCUGGUGUCUACUGGUGUGGAGGGACAGUAAAGGUUGGACAACAUUACCGUGCACUCCUGAAGAAAAUAAAGCUAGAGGUUAAAAAUUUACCUAACUUCAAACGAUCACCAACUAUCGGGCAGAAUUUCACAUUCUGUUGCAAAUACAACAAGGAUUUCUCCAGAUCUACAAAAUUCAUCUGUAAAGGACAAGAUCCCUCUACUUGUGAACGUCUUGUGAGCACCACAAACCCUGACAAGAACCAAAGGUUUCACAUGAAGGAUGACAACAAAAGAAAUAUCACCGUAACAGUGAGAGAAGUGACUGCAGGUGACACUGGGAUGUACUGGUGUGGAGCAGAAAGAGCUGACAAGCAACCAAAGUUCUUCCAGAGGUUGUUCAUGAACACAGACAUUUACCGGAUCUCCUGGGACUCAUGGUAA